CCCUCCUCUUUCUUCCGUAUUCUCACUUCAUGGCAUACCAUCAGGAUUACCAGCAUCAACCGUCGUAUUAUCCAUACCAGCCUCCUCAGCAGCAGCAGCCGUAUUAUGAGGAUGACUACGCCAUGCACCCAAUACCCACCAACCACCAUGAUCCUUAUUAUUCGGCACACAAUGAAUACAAUACCUCCAACGCUAGCACCCCAAUGCCAGCCGAGGACAACGCCUAUGCUUAUUCAGAUACCAAGAGAUUAGCUCCCAUGCCGCCACAGCAAAGUUACUUUGAUAAAGACGACGAUGAUCGGGACAGUCAGCACGAGCGUACCUGCUGUAACUGGUUCUGUUGCGGUUGCUGUUGCGGUUGUUGUCCCAUGUGGCUGCGAUGGUGUGCAUGUGGGCUUUUGAUCAUCAUCUUGGCUUUGGGUAUAACGAUCGGCGUGCUGGCUGCGCUGUUCAAACAGCCUCAAGUGAGCUUUAACGGGAUUACCUUAAGUAACAGCACCCAGCCCAUUCAGUUGAACGGAACCGGAUUCAAUUUUAACUUUGAUCUUAAUAUUGGCGUGGUCAAUCCAAACAUUGAGAGCGCAACCUUCACCAGUAUCAAAGCGGUUGUUUAUUAUCCUACUGCACCGACGGUUCCUGUUGGUGAAGGAGAAAAAGACAACGUUCAUAUCGGCUCACAAUCCAUCACCAACAUCACCUUCCCUUUCCAAAUCGAAUAUGAUCCAACGCAGUCGGGGUCGCAAGCCAUGAUGUUGGAUAUUUUCCAAAAGUGCGGUAUAUUGGGAGGAGCUACAUCCGAUCUUACCGUCAACUACAAAGUAACCGUCACCAUUAACAUAUUGGGCAUCAACAUUUCACCUACCCUCAGUGAAUCAGCGACAUUCCCCUGCCCAUUCUCGAGCAAUGAUCUUCCAAGUGAGCUGGGUACUAUCAUUGCCGGUCUCUCUGGUGGCAACUCAGCUGUUUCAUCCGCCGCUGGUGGAGUGGCAGGCGCUGCAAGCUCUGCCGGCGUUGGCGCAAUUCUCGCUUCAAUCACUUCAAGCGGUGUCAUCCCGACUGGCAUAUAAACCCCCUCCCCCAACUUCUGUACAUUAGCUUUCUCGUGUUAGACUAGCCAAUAACUAGAUCGGCUCAUUCUCGUUAUUGAUCGCAUAUCGCUUCUUUGUCAUCUCGCUUGUAUGUAACUCUCAACCACCAUGCAAUAAAAAACCUCCUCCCGCCCCAUAUAUAUAUAUCGGCUUUACCGGAUGCGAU